UCUCUCUUUCAUCAAGCUUUAGCGACUCCUCCUGCAAUUCUUAUCUUCUUCUUCCUUCACUUGGUUUGAGAUGGAUGUUUCUGAAGCACGUCUAAGUAGAAUUGAGUCACAGAGUUCAAUUGAUUCGUCUCAUGACCAAAGGAGACAAGGAUAUUUCUCCAUGAACAAGAUAAACAACGGUCUUCGCUCACUCAGUUCACGAGGUUUCCUUCGAAACAGAGGAAAAGCCAUACCGCUGCCAAUGAAAGAUACCGAGAAGACUGUGCCGGAGUUCUUAGUUAAUCUCAAAUUUUCCGAUCUUUUCGAUCUCCCUGGUGAAUAUGUGCUGAUGAAUGCGGAGAUGCUUAGCACACUUGGGAACGAAGAAUGGCUGGAGAAAUUGAGAAGCCAUGGAACACCACUAACAUGUCUCAAGAACGAUCGAGGAGAUUCUGUUCUUCAUCUUGCUGCUACAUGGAGUCAUCUAGAACUAGUUAAGAACAUUGUCUCUGAAUGUUCUUGCCUUCUAAUGGAGUCAAACUCUAAGGACCAGCUUCCACUUCAUGUGGCAGCUCGAAUGGGUCACUUAGCUGUUGUUGAGGAUCUUGUUGCGUCGGUUACAUUUUUCUCAGCUAGACUGGCUGAAGAAGAUAGGGAGAUACUGAAUCCAUAUCUUCUGAAGGACAUAAAUGGAGAUACUGCUCUGAACUUGGCCUUGAAAGGACACUAUACGGAGGUUGCUCUCUGUUUGGUGAAUGCAAACCGACAAGCUUCCUUUCUUGCAUGUAAAGACGGAAUAUCUCCCUUGUAUUUAGCAGUAGAAGCCAAGGAUGCAUCACUUGUAAAAGCAAUGUUGGGAAAUGAUGGUCCUCAAAGGAAAAAUUUGAACUUAGAAGGGAGAAAAUAUCUUGCACACGCUGCAUUGAAUUCCUUGAGCACAGAUAUCCUUGAUGUUAUUCUUAAUGAAUAUCCAAGUCUUGUGGAUGAGCGAGAUGAAGAAGGAAGGACUUGUCUUUCGUUUGGAGCAUCCAUUGGGUAUCAUAAAGGAGUAUGCAACCUGUUAAACCGAUCAAGAAAGGGUGUUUUUGUAUGUGAUGAUGAUGGUUCCUAUCCAAUCCACCUGGCAGUAGAGAAAGGUCGUAUUAAAGUUGUCAAAGAGAUUUGCAAACGUUGUCCAUAUUCAAAGCUUUUGCUUAACAAAAAAGGUCAGAACCUCCUUCACAUCGCAGCUGAAAGUGGGAAAUUUAGAAUUCUACGCCACUUGACAGCACAUGAACAAAUAAACCAUCUAGCUAACGAGAAAGAUGUGGAUGGGAAUACACCACUGCAUCUAGCCACAAUAUAUUGGCGUCCUCGAGCUGUUCGUGAGCUUGGAGGGAAGAAAAACCUGUUGAUACAAAACAAUAACGGCUUGGUAGCUCUGGAUAUUGCUGAGUCAAAACUGCAACCACACUACAUCUUUCGAGAGAGGUUGACACUGCUAGCUUUAGUACAACUUCACUUCCAAAAUGAUCCUAGAUGCGCACAUACUAUGAUUCAAACAAGACCAAUAAUGCCUCAAGGCGGAAACAAAGAUUACAUCAACGCUCUUCUAGUAGUGGCAGCUCUUAUAACCACCGUAACGUUUACGUCUGGAUUUACUAUACCAGGUGGUUUUAAAGACUCUACUCCAAACGUGGGCAUGGCAAAUCUAAUAACUAACCCUCGUCUCAUCCUUUUCCUGAUAUUUGACAUUUUGGCACUGGAAACCUCAUUUUUAGCAGUAGUUUCUCUCAUAUUGGCGCAAUUAGGUGAUCCGACAUUAUAUCAGAGUUCCGUAAGGGUGGCCAUGAUAUCACUGUAUUUCGCUAUGUAUUUCAUGACCUUAGCAUUCUUUUUUGUCAUGGUUAUUGCAGCUGGGAAUGUUAGAUGGCUUGUUUAUGUCAUCUUCUGUUUAAUUUUCUCCAUUUUAACUCUGGCGUUCUCAAGGUUUAUGCCUCAUCUUCUACUACAUUAUUGUGGCUCUAGUUAUAAGUUGAUGAUGCCAUUUGUUAGUUUUGCAAAUUCAUGUGAUGAUGACGGACACGAAAGUCCUCAGUUCUCUGCGCACAAGUCUGAGAAGAUCUCAAACAAUGAUCAAGUUGAAAUGUCAGACACUACUUAAAAUGGGAAUGUUUCUGAUGCAGGGCGUCCACUAGUUUCUAC